GCUAGACCCGUGUUCGCAAGGAGCUCGGCGUAGCCGCGUCCCAUCCCGUGCGGGAGCCGGCAGGGGAGACCCGCGCGUCCAGACCGAAGGGGGUAAUGGUUUCCGAUGGCUGCAUGACGUCUCAAAGCCAUCGCAUUUGGUUCAGUCCAGUGCAGGUGCAAAGGGCGGGAAAUAGCGAUGACGUCGCAGGUCGACCUGAGGGACCAGUCCCCAAGAUCUUUUUUCUCAGGCAAAAUGCUUUGAAGAGCUCACCACAUACACAUUCCUGAUUUUCAUUAAAGCGCCUCGUGAAAGUGCUGAUGGACACCUGAUAGCCUACUGCCUUUGUGUGGAAACUGAGAAGAUUUGCUGUGCUGAUUUAACCGCCUGCAAUUUUUUUCUGAUGUUGUCAUGACAAAAAGAAUGCUGAUUCUGUCCAUUUGAACCUCUGUGUGAGCCUGACUUUGCAUAUCCUGGGCAUUCUUCGACCUUCCGUAAAGAUGUCUGAACCCGAUGCUUCAUCUGUGUUCUCAGGAAGCAUGGAGAAUGGAACUUUCCUCCAGCUCUUCCCCACAUCCCUGUCCACAUCGGUGGACCCGUCCUCAGGCCACUUGUCAAAUGUCUACAUCUACGUGUCCAUAUUCCUCAGCCUUUUAGCCUUCCUGCUUCUGCUUUUAAUCAUUGCCCUCCAGAGGCUCAAAAAUAUCAUCUCCUCCAGUUCCUCCUACCCAGAGCACCCAAGUGAUGCUGGAAGUUCCUUCACCAACUUGGAAGUCUGCAGUAUUUCCUCACAAAGGUCCACUUUUUCAAACCUUUCAUCCUGAAGAAAAUGGAAGAAUCCUUCGAUGCUAUGGCCACUUAAGGGGAAGUGUCACAUGAUGCAGAUGCCUCAAGAAAGAAAUGCCCCCGUUUUGAUCUUUUCCACCAAUUAGACCUGUUUCUCCUUCUCCUUCAGCCCUAACUACUGCUGUUCAUGACGCUUUUCAUUUGUGAACGUAGGCACUGAUGCUGAUGGAAAUGCAUGCAGGGUGCAGCUCUUCACCCAGACCACUUGAUGAAUCUGGAACUGGCUUCUUCUCGGUGGAUCAGGCCAUCCCGUUGGACACCUGAGGCAGCACUCACCUGGGGUGGUCUUGCAGAGGACGCUGGAUCUCGGCUCUGCCCUUCUUUUCUUUUAUGAAAUAAGAAUCUGAGUCAGCAGAAACUGGGAAAAUGAGCUAUGUAUAAGGCAUUUUCCAUAUUUAAAAGAUAAAGUGAAAACACCAAAUUAAAAAAAGAAGAGUCAAUUUAGAUUCCAUGCAUAACGUCUCCAAAACCGGAGGCAAAAAUAUGCUAAAUGUUUUAUUUCAUUUACUUUUACAAAUGAAAAUCACAUUUAUUGAUGAAUUAAGUCACACUUGGAAAAGUCUUAGAAGACUUUGACUUUUAAUAGCAAGGCAAAUAUGUGUUAUGAUGCAGUUUGUAAUGUAUUUCUGCCUCUUGGGAAUUUCUCCUACUUAUAGUCAAAAUGCCCUAUAUUUGUGGAAUUCUUUGUGAUAACUGCUGUUGCUAUUACUAAGAGAGGCGCCAGAGGAAACACAGGAACUAUUAUUUUAUGUCUGUAAUUUCCAUCAACGGGGAUCAUACAUAUGGAAAAUAUUCAUUUAGUUGUAUUUUAUACAGUAAUAACUCCUAGUGGUUGUGUAAGAAUGUUCCUUUAUUCAGUUUCACAAUCUUUAUAAAUUUAGUGCAAAAUUAUAUUAAGGCUCCAAGAUGUCAGAUGUUUGUUUACUCGCAUUAGACUGUAAAGCAUAGAAGACACAACUGCUAAUAUCCACGCUUUUAUCUACUUCUUGAAUGUUACGUCUCUGACAAAUUGUGCAUUAAUGUAAUACUCUACAUUAGGAUUCCAGGAUGUGGGUUUAUGUUUAAAGUUGCAGACACUCAAGCUGGGUAGCUGCUGGGAGCUUAGUGAUCCUGGGAGCUGCCAUACUGUGGUCAGCCAAGCACAUCUGAACUAGGGGGCUUUGUCCAUGAAAUGAGGCAUACCCAUGAGCAUAGAUAUGGAAUACAGAUUGGAGCAGGGGUGGGUUAUCAAGCUCCCCUUUAAAACCAAACAAAGCAAACUACAGCUUCUUAAAAGUAAGAAGUUUAAUUUUUAUUUCAUUUAUUUAUUUUUUUUGUCUUUUUGUCUUUUCUAUGGCCACACCUGCAGCAUGGAGGUUCCCAGGCUAGGGGUCGAAUCAGAGGUGAGGCACUGGCCUACACCAGAGCCACAGCAACGUGGGAUCUGAGCCACGUCUGCAACCUACACCACAGCUCUGGGCAACACCGGACCCUUAACCCACUGAGCGAGGCCAGGGAUCGAACCUGCCACCUCAUGGUUCUUAGAUUCAUUUCUGCUGCGCCACUAGGGGAACUCCAGAACAUCCUAAUUUUUUUUUUUUUUGGUCUUUUGUCCUUUUUUUAGGGCCGCACCUGCGGCGUAUGGAGGUUCCCAGGCUAGGGGUCCAAUCGGAACUAUAGCUGCUGGCCACAGCCACAGCCACAGCAACAAGGGAUCCGAGCCGUGUCUUCGACCUACACCACAGCUCACAGCAACACCAGAUCCUUAACCCACUGAAUGAGGCGAGGGAUUGAACCCGCAACCUCAUGGUUCCUAGUCAGGUUGGUUACUCACUGAGCCACGACGGGAACUCCUAAUUUUUAAAGUAAAGCAUCCGCAGUGUAAAUACUGAAAGUAUUCAGCCUACGAGGCCCACUGUAUCAACAUGACCCUGUCUUCCCGUUGUGUUGAUGCAACUACAUCCUUCUUGUCCAAAACCUUUCCUAAUCUCAAGUCGUUGGCCCUCAACCCACCCUUUGGUUUGUCUGUGUGGCAUCUCCAUCCAGAACUGGAAUGGGAUAAAGAAUCCGCCUUUUUCAUAGAGGAUAUCUUUGUCAUUCUACAAUCCUGAGACAGAUGUAAAGUGACAGGGAGGAUCAAAAAGGUUCCAUUUUAAUCCAUAAGCCUCACUUUAAUCAAACCACAUUGCUAUAUCAGAAAUAUCCCCCAAACACCACAAGACCUGCAGAGUUGUUGCCCUAAAAUGUAUAAUUAGUGAAAAUGUUACCUCCGCUGUCAUUUUAAAGCAUAACAUAAAGAAUGUUAUUAUGUAGUAUAAGUGCUGGACAAGAAAAAUUCUGCUAUUUUAGACCAUUAUCAGCAUUCUGUUUGUGUGUGCAUGUGUGUGUGUGUAUACACAACACAUUCUCAGAAUAUAUAUAUAUUUUUUUUUUUUUUCACACACUCCCAAUUAAGAGUUGUGUGAAAGCUGCACAGGAUUAGAGGCAUCUAUGUUAUCACUUUCGCUCUUUGAUUACUCUUGUUCUAUUUUGGUUACCAAGGAAGAAAGGACGUGGAUGAACUGAUAUGAAUAAAUAAAGGAGCAAAUUCGCCCAUAACAAUUCAGUCUUAGUAUGAUCUCUUCUAAGUGGUAGCUUUAUUCUCUUUCCUUCUGGAAGAGAUCUAUUUGUUUUAAAUUUGCAGGCACCUCCCCCCACCACCCUGCCGUGACGGUUCUAGCUCUUAAAGUUAAGUAGAGUGACUGGGAAAAACAUUCGAGGAUGUAAAAUAGAAUUUGUCAUUACCAGCUUCUCAGGAUAACAGAUUGUACAAUUUAAGAUGAAUCUGUGUUAAGAGUUCAGAAAGGUUGGAAGACUGGGUCAUAAAUAAAGCAAUUAACCCCACUGAAA